GUCUUAAUCUACAACGGAUUGCAUAUUAUCUUUGUGCUUGUGCACGCCAAUUGAGGAUUCUUUUUUUCCCCAUUUUCGUGUAAUUAAAGAAUGGAAGAAGUGGGGCUGGGGAUCGUAUCAUUCAUACGAGCAGCAUGGAUCCUUGCUACUUUGUCAAUUGCUGUAGCCUGUUUUCCAUUGCCCGGGAUUGGUUGGUUUCGCACAGCUCUGUUGGGGAUUAUCAAAAGAGGCAAGAUUUUGCAAUCCAAAUCUAAAUUAACUGUGCCUCAGAGAUUCUUCCUUCACUUUUAUGUGGUGGGGGUUUUAUGGACGACAAUCUUGCUUGUUUCUUUGUGGUCUUAUGCAAUGAGAAAGCAUGUAUACAAUGUUUGGCUAUCUCAAGCUGUAUUUCUCCUUCUGCUAAUGGAAGUUCAUGUUAUGCGACGCUUCUAUGAGUCAAUCUAUGUUUUUAACUACAGUCCAUCAGCUCGAAUGCACAUCUUAGGUUAUCUUCUAGGCAUAUUAUACUAUGUACUAGCUCCACUAUCCCUAUGCUGUAAUUUUGCACCUCAAGUCUUUGACUUUGUCAGUGGAAGAGUUGGCAUGUCAAGCCCUAAAUUUGAUAAUAUAUGGAUGUUUGUGACUGUUUUCUUGAGGCUUCCAUGGUAUGCGUGGAUAGGUGCUGCUAUUUUCUUAUGGGGUUGGGUACAUCAGCUUCGCUGUCAUCAAAUCCUUGGUUCCUUGCGAGACAAAACCAAAAAGCUGGAGGAGUAUGUUAUUCCGUAUGGCGAUUGGUUUGAAUACGUCUCGUCUCCGCACUACACGGCUGAAAUUGUGAUCUAUGGUGGUCUUGUGGUGGCUAGUGGGGGUUCAGAUCUCUCUUUAUGGUUGCUUUUUGCAUUUGUGGUAGCAAAUCUUGUUCUUGCAGCAAUGGAAACACAAAAAUGA